GGUUCCCGCCCGCGGUCUCUUCUGCACAUUCAGGGGUGACCGGGCCCCUCCUGGCGGUGUGGUCCCACCUCUGCCCUGGGCUGGCUCCCCGCCCGGCUCCGCCCGAGCCUGCUCUCGGGGCGCAGACCUGUUCGGUUCGGCCCAGCCCCGGUGCCGGGCCCGGGGGGCCCCCACGGGUUCCCGGGGACGCGAGGCCGAGGCCUGGCGUGGGGAGGGACACGCUGCCCGCGCCUGCCCGAGCCUCCGACGGUACAGCUUGCUCUGUCACUAGCCUGUUUUGUUUUGCUCUUUCCCAGGGAUCCUUUGCAAAGGGGAAGCGUCCGCCUUCGCCAGAAAUGGCUCAUGUGCUCUGUAACCGAGCCAGACUGGUUUCCUAUCUCCCAGGAUUUUGUUCGUUAGUGAAAAGAGUUAUCAAUCCAAAAGCCUUUUCAACUGCAGGAUCCUCAGGUUCUGAUGAGUCGCAUGUGGCCACUGCUCCUCCAGAUAUAUGCUCUCGAACAGUGUGGCCUGAUGAAACUAUGGGACCAUUUGGGCCUCAGGAUCAAAGAUUCCAGCUUCCCGGGAAUAUAGGCUUCGAUUGUCAUCUCAAUGGGACUGCCUCACAGAAGAAAAGCCAUGCCCAUAAAACUUUGCCUGAUGUUCUAGCAGAGCCUCUUUCAACUGAAAGGCACGAGUUUGUGAUGGCGCAGUAUGUGAAUGAGUUCCAGGUUGGUCGUUAAUAUCGUUCUUAUUAGUACCGCAUUACUUUUCAGUUAAUGUAUAUUUUAUUGAAAGGGUAAAACAAGAA